GUGCAAUAAGUUGAAGUGAAAUAAACGUAUAUUUGUUUCAUUUCAAUUUAAUGCACUGUAUGUACUAGUUCAGAAAGUGCAGCGAUAAAAAAAACACUUAUACAUGUCAAUAUUGUAUGUUUGUCCGAAUCAAAAUUGAACGGCAACACGAACAUAUUUAUUCAGACGUUGAAGAGAGAGAAAGCAAAGAUGCUGAAUUUCUUCCAUGGCGUCCAUGGUUGAGUGCAAGUUAUGUAAUUUCUUGUAAAAAGAGAAAAAGAAAAAUGAGUACUGAAUACAAAUUCGAAAAAGAAAUAGACUGCAUGCAAGGGGCCGUUAGAUCUGUACGGUUCAGUGUGGACGGUUCAUAUUGCAUAACGUGCGGAUCAGACAGGAAGCUAAAGUUAUGGAAUCCGUACAAAUCUGUUACGUUGAAAAUAUAUGGUGGUCAUGGUGACGAGGUUAUGGAUGCUUAUGCGUCUUGUGACAGUAGUCAGAUUGUAUCUUGUGGAUUAGACAAAUCUAUAAUCAUUUGGGAUGUGGCCACAGGCAUGCCUGUGCGUCGUUUUAGAGGACAUGCAGGUCCUGUUACAACAGUCAGAUUUAAUGAAGAAUCGUCAAUGAUCGUUUCUGGAUCUCGUGACAACAGUGUUAUGUGUUGGGACGGACGUUCCAAAGCGCAAGAAGCAGUACAGUCUUUGAAUAAUGCUAAGGAUUCUAUUUCUAGUGUGAGAGUUUCAGAUCAUGAAAUUUUAACUGGUUCUUUUGACGGCAAAGUACGCACAUAUGAUAUACGAAUAGGAGAACUUUGUGAAGAUUAUAUGGGAGAUGCAAUUACAUGCGCCAGCUUUACUAGAGAUGGACAAUGUAUACUUGUCAGUUGUGCGGGCGAUGUAAUUAGAUUAAUCGAUAAGGACUCGGGAGAGUUACUCGGUGAAUUCACAGGACACACUGGAAGGGAUCUGUGUCUAGAAUCUAGCGUAGAUUAUCAAGAUACGAAAAUUCUUUCCGGCUCGGCGGAUGGGAAAUUAUGGAUUUGGGAUCUUGUAUCUCAAAAAGUGAUCGCGAAACUCUCAGGUUUUAAGCCAACCAAGCAUCCUACUGUAUCUAUAAGCGUUCAUCCACAGAAGAAUUGCUUUCUUGCUUCUAACGGAUCUAAUAUAUUAAUGUGGAGCACGCAGUCUCACACAGAUAAUGAAUAAUAGUGAAACUUGUUCCAUUAUUAUCCCUUUAUGUACAAAGUAAGUCCAAAGUCUGUGAUUUUCAAUAAUUUUAGUUUUAAUAAUUUUUACAAUUUUUCAAAUUGAAUGUUUAUUAUGACUAUGUACAUAUCAUUAAUAAUAAUGGUUCUUU